UGCAAAUAUCUCCAUCCUCCCCCACAUUUGAAAACACAGUUGGAGAUAAAUGGACGCAAUAACCUGAUUCAGCAGAAGAACAUGGCCAUGUUGGCCCAGCAGAUGCAACUAGCCAAUGCCAUGAUGCCCGGUGCCCCAUUACAACCUGUGCCAAUGUUUUCAGUUGCACCGAGCUUAGCCACCAAUGCAUCUGCAGCCUUUAAUCCCUACCUGGGACCUGUUUCCCCAGGCUUGGUCCCAGCUGAAAUCCUGCCGACAGCACCGAUGUUGGUUACAGGGAAUCCUGGGGUCCCUGUACCUGCGGCUGUGGCUGCUGCUGCUCAGAAAUUAAUGUGGACGGACAGGCUCGAGGUAUGUCGAGAGUAUCAACGUGGCAAUUGUAAUAGAGGAGAAAAUGACUGCCGGUUUGCUCACCCCGCUGACAGUGCAAUGAUUGAUACCAAUGACAAUACGGUCACCGUGUGUAUGGAUUACAUCAAAGGGAGAUGCUCUCGGGAAAAGUGCAAAUAUUUUCACCCCCCUGCACACCUGCAAGCCAAGAUCAAGGCUGCCCAGUACCAAGUCAACCAAGCUGAAGCUGCUCAAGCUGCAGCCACUGCAGCUGCCAUGACUCAGUCGGCUGUCAAAUCACCAAAGCGACCCCUCGAGGCAACCUUUGACCUGGGAAUUCCUCAAGCUGUCCUUCCCCCAUUACCAAAGAGGCCUGCGCUUGAAAAAACCAAUGGUGCCACCGCAGUCUUUAAUACUGGUAUUUUCCAAUACCAACAGGCUCUUGCCAACAUGCAGUUACAACAGCAUGCAGCCUUUCUCCCUCCAGUUCCCAUGGUGCACGGUGCUACUCCAGCCACUGUGUCCGCAGCAACAACAUCUGCCACAAGUGUUCCCUUCGCUGCAACAGCCACAGCCAACCAGAUACCCAUAAUAUCUGCCGAACAUCUGACUAGCCACAAGUAUGUUACCCAGAUGUAGAUUUUUCAUCACCAAACAAUCAUAAUAAAGAGAAAAGGACAGUGUGCUUGGUUAGAGUAAAGGACAAGGUCAUUAGCCAUAUUGUAUAUAUCGUCAAGCAAACCACACCCCUCCCCACACACACUCACACACAAAAUAAAUCCCUCAGUAGCAUCCACAUAUUGCAUGUUAACAAGAUGAACAGACAACUUGGAUAUCCACUGCACACUGUUGCCUAUAUACUUUGUACAUUUAAUUGAUAUUUGUGCUGAGGUGACCUUAUUGUCCAAAAGUACAACAUCGUCUUUCUUUUCUAGCACAGAAAUAUGCAUUGGAAUAUGCACCCAUAGUUAAAUUCUGAUAAACUCAUGUCAUCUUGAAA